AUGUACAGACUGAGAGAGUGGGAUGGAGCAGCACUGCUCCACAUCUUCAUCUGCAUCCCCUGUACCUCGAACCCCAGCAUCUGCAUCCCCUGUACCUCCAUCACCAGCAUCUGCAUCACUUGUACCUCCAUCACCAGCAUCUGCAUCCCCUGUACCUCCAUCACCAGCAUCUGCAUCCCCUGUACCUCCAUCCCCAGCAUCUGCAUCCCCUGUACCUCGAACCCCAGCAUCUGCAUCCCCUGUACCUCCAUCACCAGCAUCUGCAUCCCCUGUAACUCCAUCCCCAGCAUCUGCAUCCUCUGUACCUCCAACCCCAGCAUCUGCAUUCCCUGUACCUUCAUCCCCAGCAUCUGCAUCCCUUGUACCUCCAUCCCCAGCAUCUGCAUCCCUUGUACCUCUAACCGCUAG